GCGCGGCGCCGUCCCUGUUGCCAGGUCUGUGCUGCGGAUUAGCGGCGCUCUUGCCAGGAGGAGGUGGCGGCUGCGGACUUCGGCGCCGCUCAGAGGCAGCCGGGGGGAGCGGAGCAGCUGGGGUGCAGCAGGGUUGGUCCCGCAGCGCUGCCCCUCGCUCCUGUACUCGGCAAUAACUAGUCGGGGGGAGGGGAGAGCCCGCUCCGCUCCCGGAAACUCUCGGCGUCUCUUGGGAAGGCGGCGGCGGCGCGGGGGAACUUCGGGGACUUGGGGGCGUCGCGUGAGGACACCAGCUGCCGCUUCCCAGACAGCUCGGCCGGAGGAAACUUUUCCCUGUGAGCCGGGGCAGGCAGCGGGCCCGGCGGAGCCAGCGAACGCCCCCAGAAGUUGAGCGAGCGCUGUCAGAGCCCCGGCCGGGUGAGCGCGCUGCGGGCUGGGAGCGGCGGGGCCCCGCUGCCCGCGGACAUGAAGCUGAGCAGGCAGUUCACGGUGUUCGGCAGCGCGAUCUUCUGCGUCGUGAUCUUCUCCCUCUACCUGAUGCUGGACAGGGGCCACUUCGACCAUCCCAAAAGCCCCCGCCGGGAGGGCACCUUCCCCAAGGGCCAGCUUUCAAUAUUACAAGAGAAAAUAGACCACUUAGAACGUUUGUUGGCGGAAAAUAAUGAGAUUAUUUCCAACAUAAGAGAUUCUGUGAUCAAUCUGAGUGAAUCUGUGAAGGAUGGUCAAAGAAACCCAGAGGCCAUAAAUUUCAGUCAAGGAUCUUUUUCGGAGCUUCUGCCAUCUGCUCUAGUAUCCCUCACAAUUGAUCCUGAGGAUUGCUCAUUUGCUUCAAAAAGUGGAAGUCAAGAUUCAAAUGUACAGAUGUUGGAUGUCUAUGAUAUUCUUCCUUUCGAUAAUCCAGAUGGUGGAGUUUGGAAACAAGGAUUUGAUAUCACGUACAAUGAAAAUGAAUGGGAUGAUGAACCUCUUCAAGUGUUUGUUGUGCCUCACUCACAUAAUGAUCCAGGUUGGUUGAAGACUUUUGAUGACUACUUCAGAGAUCAGACACAACAUAUCCUAAACAACAUGGUGGUAAAACUGCAAGAAGACAACAAGAGGAAGUUCAUGUGGUCUGAAAUCUCUUACUUUUCAAAGUGGUGGGAUGGAAUAGAUAGCCAAAAAAAGGAUGCUGUUAAAAGGUUUGAACAUCUGUAUUAUUUGCUGAUAUAUACUAUAUUUGUAGAGUUUUGUAACUCUUAAUGAUGCGCUUAAAUA